GUAAAAGGGAUAGUUGUUAACAUUCAAAUCUUUUAAAUGCCAUUAAAGUUUCAUGGAUGUCCAUGAUAUGCCGUACUUGCACAGAUAUUGAGACAACUGAUUCAGCUACUCUUGUUUUAUCUUAAUAUAUUAGCACAUACCAAACUAUUUCCCAUUUAAAAGCCGGCCCAGAGUCUGUGUCGAAACCCAAAAGCUCUACUAUUGAGUAUUUUGUUACAUGCAUGUUUAUGUCGGUUUAAGAAUUUUGACACUGAUUGAGUACCAUACAUUGAGUAUUUACACGUUUGAGUAUAAAUGUUUACCUGUUUAGUUUGGUUAAAUUUAGUUCAGUGCUUAUGAAUAGCUAGUUGGAUUAAAAUGCCAGGAAUUGAAACAAAAGAUUUUAUUUGGGUCGGAGUUGUUGCAAUAGGACAUGGCAUACAGUUAGUACGGGAUGCCUCAGAAGUCGGAAAGUAUCGGCGUAAAUACAAGAUUUCCCCACCCAUCAUGGACGGACCACCGGACUUUCUUCGAGCUUUGCGAGCACAACAAAACAAUAUCGAGUUUGGCAUACCUUUCCAGAUAACGUUGUGGACAGCCGCGAUAUUUGCCAACCAAGUUCCAGCGGCGAUUCUUGGAACCAUAUAUUUGUAUGCAAGACGGAAUUACAGUAAAGGAUACAUUGAAGCCGCGGAUAAAAGGGUGACGCCGUUUUGGCAGAGUAUCUGGGCUUUGAAGGGAUUGGUGGUUGUUGGCGUUGCCGGGAUUGUAAACACGGGACUGAGGGAGUAUGCCGGCCUUGACCUGGUUGCUCGUCUGCGUGAAGUGGCCUUCUAGACAGCACAGAAUUGACGCGCACAGACGCUUGAAUUUAGGGGUGUGUAAAUUCAGUGCAAUACGAACUUAGAUAGUGAUAUGUUUGAAUGAAAGGAGUGCAGUUUAAUAACGCUUAACGUGAUACUCGUAUUUAUAAGCAAUAUAACAAACAUAAAUUCUGAGUGGUACACGUUUAACUACUUACUAAAUGAUGCAUCGAUGGAAAAUAUCAUCAAUUACUUAUAACAAGAUUGUAACCGUGCAUUAAACAACUUAAAACGCACAUAUAUUAAAUGACUGGUGAGUCCUAAAAGAUUUACAGAGUUCAACGAUCGUCUCACAAGGUAGAAAUAUCGUGUUUUACGCACCUUUCUUUCAAACUAAACACGGUAUCCUUCACAGGAACCCUUGCCUGCGACAUUUAUUCAUCAUUUUUGGUACAUUAAAACAAUUGUAUUAAUUGCGGUACUGCUUAUUUGGGAAUAAGAGUGCAUCUUUAAAUAAAACAUGUUCCUUGCACAUGUAGAUAGAGAAAUUGCGCUUAAAGUGAAGCCGGCAGCUGGUUGUCGUAGGUUACUGGACAUUGCAUUGGACAUUGACAUUCGGAGGUCCUCGACCAUUUUAUCGAAAACAACCUCAGAUGUAUUUGGACGGUUUACAUACUCAAAAAGUGGUACGUUUUAAGUCCGCUGCAAGAAGAUCGCGUAGUAAUUUUAUUUAGCAGUUAAACUUUAUGACUAAACUCUUGGGAAUCUUAAUUAUGUUUGCAAUAUUACACUUCACUGGCAAUCAAUUUAAACUUACAUCAAUAAAUACAACUCUAAAACACUACAGUUAAUAAAUGAUAUAAUUCAAAAAAAUACGAACUACUUCAACUUAUGUACUGGCAUACAUCCGAGGUUGUUUUCGAUAAAAAUGACCGAGGAGUUCCGAAUGGGACAUUAAAUCAGCUGAAGUGUGAGUUUAGUUUGAAUAUGCCAGUAUUCAUAUCCCUUUAACGAGAUAUUUAAUUGAUAUAGUAGAUUUAAUGGUAGGCGGACAGUCUCUUAUUGAAUACGGACGGACAAAAACUGCUGAAUAUGUACCUUGAUUUAUACACCAAAGACUGGUGCCAUAUUUACUCACCAUUAUGUCAUUGAAUAGUAAACAAUAAAAUGAGCUAAAUUAAUAAAUAUAAAUACUUAUAUUGA